CGGAGCCGGCGCGGCGGGCGGCGGGCGCGCAGCCGGGCGCGGGGCUGCGGGAGCGGCGGACGCGCCAUGGGCGCCCCGGGAUCACCAUGAGGACCUAGGGCAUCUGCCCCGCGGACUGUCUCCCCCAGCUGGCAGUGACCAUGGCCCCCCGCAAGAGGAGCCGCCAUGGCCUGGGCUUCCUGUGCUGCUUUGGGGGCAGCGACCUCCCUGAGAUCAACCUCCAGGACAACCACCCCCUGCAGUACAUGGAGUUCUCCAGUCCAAUCCCCAACCCAGAGGAGCUGAAUGUCCGCUUUGCAGAGCUGGUGGAUGAAUUGGAUCUCACCGACAAAAACCGGGAGGCUGUGUUUGCAUUGCCACCUGAGAAGAAAUGGCAGAUCUACUGCAGCAAGAAGAAGGAGCAGGAGGAUCCCAACAAGCUGGCGACCAGCUGGCCUGACUAUUACAUUGACCGCAUCAACUCCAUGGCCGCGAUGCAGAGUCUGUACGCGUUUGAUGAGGAGGAGACGGAGAUGAGGAACCAAGUCGUGGAAGACCUGAAGACGGCCCUCCGGACCCAGCCCAUGAGGUUUGUGACCCGCUUCAUCGAGCUGGAGGGCUUGACCUGUCUGCUGAACUUCCUCCGGAGCAUGGACCACGCCACCUGUGAAAGCCGCAUCCACACCUCCCUCAUCGGCUGCAUCAAAGCUCUGAUGAACAACUCCCAGGGGCGGGCACACGUGCUGGCACAGCCCGAGGCCAUCAGCACCAUCGCACAGAGCCUGCGCACGGAGAACAGCAAGACCAAGGUGGCCGUGCUGGAGAUCCUGGGCGCCGUGUGCCUGGUGCCUGGCGGCCACAAGAAGGUGCUGCAGGCCAUGCUACACUACCAGGUGUACGCAGCCGAGCGGACGCGCUUCCAGACGCUGCUGAAUGAGCUGGACCGAAGUCUGGGCCGGUACCGAGAUGAAGUGAAUCUGAAAACAGCCAUCAUGUCCUUUAUCAACGCUGUCCUCAAUGCUGGCGCUGGAGAGGAUAAUCUGGAGUUCCGUCUACAUCUACGGUACGAGUUCCUGAUGCUGGGGAUACAGCCAGUGAUUGACAAACUCCGGCAGCACGAGAAUGCCAUCCUGGACAAGCAUUUGGAUUUCUUCGAGAUGGUCCGGAACGAGGAUGACCUGGAGCUAGCCAGGAGGUUUGACAUGGUCCACAUCGACACCAAGAGUGCUUCCCAGAUGUUUGAGCUGAUCCACAAGAAGCUGAAGCACACAGAGGCCUACCCCUGCCUGCUGUCUGUCCUGCACCACUGCCUGCAGAUGCCCUACAAGCGGAACUUCCAGCAGUGGCAGCUCCUGGACCGCAUCCUCCAGCAGAUUGUCCUCCAGGAUGAGAGGGGUAUGGAUCCUGACCUGGCUCCCUUGGAGAACUUCAACGUCAAGAACAUCGUCAACAUGCUUAUCAACGAGAACGAAGUGAAACAGUGGCGAGACCAAGCAGAGAAGUUCCGGAAAGAACACGCGGAACUGGUAAGCAGGCUGGAGAGGAAGGAGCGGGAAUGCGAGACCAAGACGUUGGAGAGGGAAGAGAUGAUGCGGACACUGAACAAGAUGAAGGACAAGCUGGCCCGAGAGUCCCAGGAGCUGCGCCAGGCUCGGGGACAAGUGGCAGAGCUGGUGGCCCAACUCAGUGAAAUCUCAACAGGACCUGUAUCUUCCCCACCUCCCCCUGGGGGCCCACUUACCUUGUCUUCCUCGAUGACAACCAGUGACCUGCCUCCACCCCCGCCCCCUCUACCGUUCGCCUGCUGUCCCCCACCGCCACCACCCCCCCUGCCCCCCGGUGGGCCUCCCACUCCCCCCGGUGCCCCACCUUGCUUCAGCAUGGGCCUGCCCCUCCCCCCAGACCCCUUCCCCAGCAGUGAUGUCCCGCUCAGGAAGAAGUGUGUCCCCCAGCCUUCACACCCACUGAAGUCUUUCAACUGGGUCAAGCUGAAUGAGGAGCGUGUCCCUGGCACCAUAUGGAAUGAGAUCGAUGACAUGCAGGUGUUUCGGAUUCUGGACCUUGCGGACUUUGAAAAAAUGUUUUCAGCUUAUCAGAGGCAUCAGAAAGAGUUGGGCUCCACGGAGGACAUCUACCUGGCCUCGCGCAAGGUCAAAGAGCUGUCGGUCAUUGACGGCCGGAGGGCGCAGAACUGCAUCAUCCUUCUCUCCAAGUUGAAGCUGUCUAACGAGGAGAUCCGGCAGGCCAUCUUGAAGAUGGACGAGCAGGAGGACCUCGCUAAGGACAUGCUGGAGCAGCUCCUCAAGUUCAUCCCAGAGAAGAGUGACAUUGACCUCCUGGCGGAGCAUAAGCAUGAGAUAGAGCGGAUGGCCCGUGCGGACCGCUUCCUCUAUGAGAUGAGCAGGAUCGACCACUACCAGCAGCGGCUGCAGGCCCUCUUCUUCAAAAAGAAGUUCCAGGAGCGGCUGGCUGAGGCCAAGCCCAAAGCGGAAGCCAUCCUGCUGGCCUCCCGGGAGCUGAUCCGCAGCAAGCGUCUAGCGCAGAUGCUAGAGGUCGUCCUGGCCAUUGGUAACUUCAUGAACAAAGGGCAGCGUGGGAGCGCCUAUGGGUUCCGGGUGGCCAGCCUCAACAAGAUUGCCGACACCAAGUCCAGCAUCGACAGAAACAUCUCUCUGCUCCAUUAUCUGAUCAUGAUCCUGGAGAAGCAUUUCCCUGACAUCCUGAACAUGCCCUCUGAGCUGCAGCACCUUCCAGAAGCCGCCAAAGUCAACCUGGCAGAGCUGGAGAAGGAGGUGGGCAACCUCAGGAGGGGCCUCAGAGCAGUCGAGGUGGAGCUGGAAUAUCAGAAACGCCAGGUGUGGGACCCGAAUGACAGGUUUGUCCCGGUCAUGAGCGACUUCAUCACGGUCUCCAGCUUCAGCUUCUCAGAGCUGGAGGACCAGCUCAAUGAAGCCAGGACCAAGUUCUCCAAGGCCCUGAUGCACUUUGGGGAGCAGGACAGCAAGAUGCAGCCGGAUGAAUUCUUCGGCAUCUUUGACACCUUCCUGCAGGCCUUCUCGGAGGCCCGGCAGGACCUGGAGGCCAUGCGGAGAAGGAAGGAGGAGGAGGAGCGGCGGGCGCGCAUGGAGGCCAUGCUGAAGGACCAGCGGGAGCGGGAGCGGUGGCAGCGCCAGCGGAAGGUGCACGCGGGCAGCGCGCUGGAGGAGGGCGGCGAGUUUGAUGACCUGGUGUCAGCCCUGCGCUCGGGCGAAGUUUUCGACAAGGACCUGUGCAAACUCAAACGCAGCCGCAAGCGAUCAGGGAGCCAGGCCCUGGAAGCCACCCGGGAGCGGGCCAUAAACAGGCUAAAUUAUUGACCUGGGGAC